AAUUAUAUAUCUCACUGUAUAUAGCACCAGCAGAGGAAAUGACCGUGAUAUGGGAGAGAUAUAGAAAGAUUAAGACAGGUGGUCAACUGAAGGAGGAUAUCAAAAAGAAGGCUCUUCAGAGGCAAAUUAAAAAGUUUAGAACAAUGGUGGCCAGAGACGAAUUGUAGUUUACUUCAGUCUGUAGUCAUUACAAAAGUGAAU